UCUCUCCCCCGAUCAUUCCCUAUUGCGGAACCUCGCGACCCAUUUGCCACUGCGACCGCUCUUGCGCAUUCUCACCCGUCCUCCGCAUACGGUUGUGGAGUCGAUAACGGGGACCACGUGCUUGGGGCAUUCACCGCACUGGGCCUGAACGACCAUCAUGGCGUCAGUUCAACCCGCGCCGGGAUUUCCGGCCGCGUCUCAUGGACCUGGGCCCAACACCAAGGAGAAAAUCCAGGAGCUGUUCCUUAAAUACCAACAGAUGAAGAGCUCCGGCGUCGCGGAGACGGACCCCGAUUUCAUCAAGACGCGCAACAUGGUCCAAAACAUCCAGCGACAGGCCGCGGCGCAGAAGAAGCGCAUGGGCAUGGCGCAUCAGCAGCAGCAGCAGCAACAGGCGCAGUCCCAACAGCAGAAUGGAUCGCUCACGAACGGUACCAGCAACGGAGUCGCGCCUGUUGCCACCUCGACCGCUUCCACCACGAACGACGCAUCCGGCGCGUCGAAAACACCCGUUACUCCUCAGAGCGCCACGCAGGGUUCCCUUUUCCAAGGCGGCGAUGACAAGCAUCCUGUGCCCAAUGCCUAUACGCAGGUGUUCACGCCCAAGUCGCUAUCGACCCUGCGGUCGCAAGUGGCCGCCUUCCGCCUGCUGAGUAAAAACCUUCCGGUGCCCGCACAACUACAGCAGACGCUGUUUCCAUCCCAGCAAGCCAAGAAGCCGCAAAGUCCGGCGGAGAGCGUGUCAGCUGCGAAGAAGGUGCUGAGUGCAUCGUCCGGGUCGGUAAUCAAGGGUGCGGAAUCGACCACCGGGUCGGUAUCCAAGGAUGUGGAAUCGACCAACGGCGCACGAUACCUGGACUUCGAGUCGCCCUAUAAACUUUCCGGAAGCGACCCGAUCAGCUAUUGGGAUCACCAAUACCGGGACAAACGACCUCUCGUCCCAAGCAUCAUGGGCCCGGGCGUGGACGUGGACCGCCUGGUCGAAGAGCGCGAGAAUAUUGUCUACAACCGGAUCCAGGCGCGGAAAUCGGAGUUGGAGAAGCUGGGUGCGAAUAUUGGAUCCUGGGAUUCACACCGAUCCGCCACGCCGAAAGACGAUGGGAAGUCAAAGCUGAAGGCUCUCAUCGAAUUCAAGAAGCUCAAUCUCCUGCCUCUGCAACGCAGGCUUCGACAGCAAAUCAGCGCGGAGAUGCUGCAUGCCCACAACCUUGCGAUGACGGCCAACCGUGGCAUGUGUCGACGAAUCAAGAAACAGUCGUCGCGCGAAGCGCGCAUCACCGAGAAGCUCGAGAAGCAGCAACGCGAUGCCCGGGAGACCAAGGAGAAGAAGAAGCACAACGACUUCCUGCGCGCUAUCGUCGCGCACGCUGAGGAGGUCCGAGAGAAUGCCGCCCGACAUCGCGCCCGGACCGUGAAGCUUGGUCAGCUCAUGCUGGCGACGCACCAAAACAUCAAGAAGGAAGAGGAGAAGCGCAUUGAGCGAACGGCCAAGCAACGUCUGCAGGCGCUCCGGGCCAACGACGAGGAGACGUACCUCAAGUUGCUGGGUCAAGCCAAGGACAGCCGUAUCUCGCAUUUGCUCCGACAGACCGACAGUUUCCUCAAACAGCUGGCGGCGUCGGUCAAGCGACAGCAGCGCGGUGCCAAGGAGGACUACGUGGUGUCCGAAGACGAGGAAGAGGAGAGCGAGCUCUCCGAAACGGAAGAUCACGAAGCUCGUGGCCGGCAGAUCGACUACUACGAGGUGGCUCAUCGUGUCAAGGAGGAUGUCAAGCAACAGUCGGGGAACCUCGUCGGUGGUACGCUCAAGGACUAUCAACUUAAGGGUCUGCAGUGGAUGAUUUCCCUGUACAACAACAACCUGAACGGGAUUUUGGCCGACGAGAUGGGUCUGGGGAAGACCAUUCAAACCAUCAGUCUCAUCACGUACCUCAUCGAGAAGAAGAAUCAACCCGGGCCUUUCCUUGUGAUCGUGCCGCUAAGUACCCUUACGAAUUGGAAUAAUGAGUUCGAGAAAUGGGCACCAAGCGUGCAGCGCAUCGUCUACAAGGGCCCCCCUCUCGCUCGAAAACAACAGCAACAGCAAAUCCGCUACGGGCAGUUCCAAGUCCUCCUCACCACCUACGAGUUCAUCAUCAAGGAUCGUCCCAUCCUGGCCAAAAUCAAGUGGAUGCAUAUGAUCGUCGACGAGGGUCAUCGCAUGAAGAACGCCAAUUCCAAACUCAGCUCCACCAUCACGAAUUACUACAGCACCAAAUACCGCAUUAUCCUGACCGGGACGCCGUUGCAGAACAACCUCACCGAACUGUGGGCCAUGCUCAACUUCGUCCUCCCGAACAUCUUCAAAUCCGCUAAAUCCUUCGAUGACUGGUUCAACACCCCGUUCGCCAACACGGGCGGUCAGGAUCGCAUCGAGCUGACCGAGGAAGAGCAGCUGCUCGUCAUCCGUCGUCUGCACAAGGUGCUGCGUCCCUUCCUGCUGCGUCGUCUGAAGAAAGACGUCGAGAAGGACCUGCCGAACAAACAGGAGCGCGUCAUCAAGUGCAACUUCUCGGCGCUGCAGGCGAAGCUGUACAAGCAACUGGUCACCCACAACCGGCUCAUGGUCAGCGAUGGGAAGGGCGGGAAAACCGGGGUGCGUGGCUUGAGCAACAUGCUGAUGCAGCUGCGAAAACUGUGCAAUCACCCCUUCGUCUUCGAGGAGGUCGAGGAUCAAGUCAACCCGACGCGUCAGUCAAAUGACCUGCUAUGGCGCACCGCCGGAAAGUUCGAAUUGCUGGAUCGGAUCCUGCCCAAGUUCCAAAAAACCGGGCAUCGCGUCCUCAUGUUCUUCCAGAUGACGCAGAUCAUGAACAUCAUGGAGGACUUCAUGCGGCUUCGCGGAUACCAGUAUCUCCGCCUGGACGGAUCCACCAAGUCCGAGGACCGAUCCGAGCUCCUGCAUCAAUUCAAUGCACCCGAUUCCCCCUACUUCUGCUUCCUUCUCUCGACCCGCGCCGGUGGCCUCGGUUUGAAUCUGCAGACAGCCGACACCGUCAUCAUCUACGACUCGGAUUGGAAUCCGCACCAGGAUUUACAGGCACAGGAUCGUGCGCAUCGGAUCGGGCAGAAGAACGAGGUGCGCAUCCUGCGUCUCAUCACUUCCAACUCCGUCGAAGAGAAGAUUUUGGAGCGCGCCAAUUUCAAGUUGGAUAUGGACGGGAAAAUCAUCCAAGCCGGUCGCUUCGACAACAAGUCCACCAACGAAGAGCGAGACGCCAUGCUCCGCAUCAUGUUGGAGUCCGCUGAAGCCGCCGAGAGCCUCGAGCAAGAAGAGAUGGACGACGACGAUCUCAACCUUCUCAUGAUGCGCUCGGACGACGAGCUCCCCAUCUUCCAGCAGAUCGACGCCGAGCGCAACAAGUCUGGCAUAUACGGCCCCGACAAGAAACUCCCCCGCCUCCUCGGCGAAAACGAGCUCCCGGAGAUCUACCUCAACGAAGACGUCCCCAUUCAAGAGGAAGUCGAGGAGAUCACUGGCCGCGGCGCCCGUGAGCGCACCCGCGUCAAGUAUGACGACGGCCUCACCGAGGAGCAGUGGCUCGAAGCCGUCGACGACGACGAAGACACCAUCGAGGCCGCCGUCGCCCGUAAGGAAGCCCGCAUCGCCAAGCGCGUCUCCAACAAGGAAAAACGCGGCCAAGGCUCCCAGCUCGGCACCGACUCACCCGCCCCCUCUCGCGAGAGCUCCGAGGAACCUGUCCUCCCCAAGAAGCGCGGCCGCAAACCCAAGUCUGAGAAGCGCAAAGUCGACGACGCGUCCCUCGACGGCGACGUGCCGCAGCCGCCGAAGAAGCGCGGACGGCAGGCGAAGCCGGCGGAAACGCUGUCCAAACCGCAGCGGGAGGCUCUGCAGGACAUCGUGAACGCGGUGUUCAAGGUGCUCGACGGGCUGGAGGAGCAGUCGGACGACCCCGAGGUGCCGGACCGCGGGAUCAUCGACCCGUUUAUCGACCUGCCCGACAAGUCGCUAUACCCUGACUACUACCGGAUUAUCGCCCGGCCGAUCUGUAUGAAGAUGGUGCAGAAGCGGAUCAACCGCCGCGAGUAUCAGAGUCUGCGGGAGUUCCGGCAGGAUAUCGGGACGCUGUGCGGGAAUUGUCGGACGUAUAACGAGGAUGGGAGCUUGUUGUAUCAGGAUGCGAACUUGAUUGAGGAAACCUGCAUCAAGCACCUCAAAGACGAGGCCGCCAAACACCCCGAAUUCGACUGGGGUGACAUCGACGAGCCGGACACCGACCUCCCCGACGGCACCACCGCACCCGUCUCCAGCGUCGGCACGCCGCUUGCGUCUGGGAAGGGGUAGCUCGACCCGCGGACCAAGAUAAAACUUGACGGUUCUCGCUCGUCGGGGUUGUUUGCGAUGUGGGAUGGAUGGAUGGAGGAGGUGCGUGAAGGUUGGUUCGUGCUUUCGGCGUUAUUAGACCUGUGGCACUACUCACUG